AUGGAAGUCUUACCUAUUUUUUUUCCUGCAGGUGGCAACAUGGGAUCAGUCUUAAGCAGAAACAAGAAAACUAAUGGUUUUAAGUUGAUGAGAUUAAUCGUUGAUGUUGGUGGAGAAGCUUUGAGAAUAACAUUGAGGAAGCAACUGUCAGGUACUGAUUUAUUUAAUGUUUUAAAUAAUCCUAAAAUAUAUAAUCAGCUUUUGAUUCUAAAAAAUAAUCACACUAUCAAGCAACAUCAAUGGGAUCUACUGUAUCCUCCUCCUCCAAUAUUACCAAAUGAAAAUAAGUUUGACAUUACUUUACUUUGUAUACUCCUGUGUAAUAUUUGUGGUUUAAAACCACCUCGUGAUCCAAUAUGGACGUCAGUAAUUGACCCCAAUGAUCAUUCAACUGAAGCAGAUAUUACCCGUAUCAGGUUAUUUCGUAAUGAACGUUUUGCUCACUUACCUGACACUUCAGUAAGCUUUGAUGACUUUGAAAAUUUUUGGCUGGAAAUAAGCGAACCAUUAGUUCGUUUAGGAAUAAGUCAGGAAGAAAUAGAUAGAUUGAAAAAUGAGUUGCUUGAUAAUGAAGAAUGCGAAAGAAUUGUGAAAGAAUGGGACGAAUUCAAAUUUGAUGUACAGAAUCGUUUGUGUGUGAUUGAAAGUAAACAGGAAGAAAUGAAAAGUAAUCAGGAGGAAAUGAAAAGUAAUCAGAAAGAAAUAAAACGUCAAAUUAACUCACGUCCAUUAGAAGAUAUUUUGACGAAAAACCUUGUAAGUUGUAACUUUGAAAGUGAAAUUCAACAUCAUUAUGAAAAUUUUGUAAAGGGAACACGGGAAUGGGUUUUUGAUGAGUUUUUAGCUUGGUUUGAAGACGACAGUUCUCAAAAUCGUGCAUUUGUUAUUUCUGCUGUUGCUGGCAUGGGAAAGUCUGUAAUUGCAGCUACUUUAUGUAAACGUUAUCGACAAUAUUUGACUGCAGUUCAUUUCUUUCAACACAACAACAGUCGUUACAAUAAAGCCAAUGUACUUCUUCAAUCUUUAGCGAUGCAAGUUAGUCGUAAUUUUCCUGCUUACAAACAACUUCUUGUGGAAAAACUUUCGGGGAAACUCUCUGAGCCUUUGAAUAACAUGAAUGUUAAAGGAUUAUUUUCCCUUCUUUUUACUGAGUUAUUUGUUAAUAUUCUCGAAGUUCCCAAGCGAAUUUAG